AUGCCGCGUGUAAGGCGGAGUGACCGGCGUCGCCGGAGUGUCUAUUGGUGGUCGCCCGAGAUCGCACAACUUAGGGCGACCUGCAAUAGACACAGGAGGGCCUAUGUGAGGUGUCGCAGGAGGAACGGCUUGGUCCCGGACUUGGAGAGCGAGCUGCGGGUGGCCUAUCGGUCCGCAAAAAAGGCCCUGCAGCUCGCGAUCAGCCAAGCCAAGGCGGCGGCCCGCCAGGAAUUGUUGGCGGGCCUGGAUCGGGAUCCGUGGGGGCGCCCGUACAUCAGCGCGCGGAACAAGCUCUGCGCGCAUGGCGCCCCGGUCACGGAGACCACGCCGCCCGACGUCCUCCUGCGACUGGUGGGAGGCCUGUUCCCGGAGUCCUCCGGGCACGUCCCCCCGGUGAUGUGUCCUCCCUCACGCCGUGAGGGAGUCGACGAAUUCCCCCCAAUCACCGAGGGGGAGAUGGAGUUGGCCCGCGACAAACUGCGGGCCAAGAGGACGGCUCCGGGAACGGAUGGUAUUCCGGGGCGAGUUCUGUGCAUCGCCCUGGAAUACCUGGGAGGGGAUCUUCGGGACCUCUUCAACGCAUGUCUUCGCGUUGGACAGUUCCCGAAGAUCUGGAAGGAGGGGUUGUUGUGCCUGUUGCCCAAGGAGGGUCGUCCUCUGGACUCCCCUUCGGCAUACAGGCCAAUCGUGAUGCUGAGUGAGGUGGGCAAGCUCUUCGAGAGAAUUCUCGUUGCCCGUCUUACUCAGCAUCUCGAGGAGGUGGGGCCGGGCCUUUCAGAGGCUCAGUUCGGGUUCAGGGCGGGUCGGUCGACCGUGGACGCCCUGAACGCCCUGAAGGUUCGGUCCUUGGCCGCGGUGGAGGAGGGAGACGUGCUUCUAGCCGUCUCAUUGGAUGUGGCCAACGCCUUCAACACCCUGCCGUUUGAGACGCUACGAGAGGCACUUCGGUACCAUGAGGUGCCUCUCUAUCUCCGGCGGGUGUUGGACGAGUACCUCCGCGACAGGCAGGUCGUGUGGACGGGGGCAGAUGGGGUGGUCGGUCGGCGACGUGUCGACUGCGGGGUUCCACAAGGGGCCGUUUUGGGCCUGGUACUGUGGAACCUCGGGUAUGACUGGCUCCUGCGUUGUCCGCUUCUCCCUGGGCUCGGUGUCAUUGCUUAUGCCGAUGACACCCUCGUCACAGCCCGGGGGCGCUCUUACGAGGAAGCGGUACGCUUGGCCACAGUCGGCACCAAUCUUGUCGUCGACCGGAUAGGGAUGCUGGGCCUGAGGGUCUCCGUCUCCAAAACGGAGGCCCUCCUCUUUCAUGGCCCACGCAGGGGUGCCCCCCGCAACGCCUGUCUGCGGGUCCAGGGUAGGAUGGUGGAGGUACGGGCCCAGAUGAAAUAUCUGGGCCUGACCCUGGACGGACGCUGGACGUUCCGUGUCCAUUUCGCCCAGCUCACCCCGAGACUGAUCGGCGCCGCCUCGGCCCUCGGCAGACUUCUGCCGAAUGUCGGGGGCCCUGGAUCUCACUGCCGGCGGCUCUAUGCCGGCAUCGUGAGGUCCAUGGCACUGUACGGUGCCCCCGUGUGGAUUGACGCCCUCUCCGCGCCGAACAGGGCCCAACUGCGCAAGGCGCAACGGGUCCUGGCGGUGAGGGCGGUGCGGGGAUACCGUACGGUGUCAUUCACGGCGGCGACGCUUCUGGCGGGCGAUCCACCCUGGGAACUCCAGGCGGAGGUGCUCGCCGAAGUGUACCAGUUUCGGGCGAGUGAGCGGGCUCGAGGGGAACGUCCAGCGCGGGAGGGAGUCGCUCGGAUCAGGCGCCUAGCUGACGAGGCACUGAUCCGGCGCUGGUGGGAAGACCUGGGGACUCCAGCGGCUGGCUCGGCGACGGUGGGGGCGGUUCGUCCGUUCCUGUCUCGCUGGGUCAGGCGGCCACACGGCGUCCUGACGUUCAGGUUGACGCAGAUGCUUACCGGGCACGGGUGCUUUGGUAAGUAUCUGUGUCAAGUUGCGCGUCGGGAACCGUUGCCCGCAUGCCACGAGUGUGGUGCGUCCGAGGACACCUCGCACCACACCCUCGCGGUAUGCGCCGCUUGGGCUCCCCAGCGCCAUGCCCUGAUGGCGGUAGUGGGUGGAGACCUGUCGUUGCGAAGCGUGGUGGGGGCCAUGCUACGCGACGAGAGGUCCUGGUCGGCGAUGGUCUCCUUCAGCGAGGCCGUCAUCUCACUGAAGGAGACGGCGGAGAGGGAACGCGAGGCUAACGCCUUAGCAGACCCUCUUCGUCGCCGUCGGCUGGGGGGGAGGAGGCGCCGGUAUGCGCAUCUUCUCCCGCCACCC